CACUCUAGAGAGAGAGAGAGAGAAUGUGUGUGUGUGUGAAGAACUCAACUCUUGUUCAUUUUAUUCCCUUUUGUUAUGUUUUGGUCAAAUUAAUUAAUUAAUAUUAUGUUGGUUGUACUGCUUUGGACUUUCUCUUCUUCUCAUUGCUCACUUCCACAACAACACAACACAACACAUUCACAUGCUUGAUUGAAUCAUCCAUCUUCACUGUCUCACUGCUCCAAUUUCAAGCUUGUUUCAGGUUUGAAGGAGCACAGGACAACCACAUAGUGUUUGUUGGUGCUCAACUCAAUUACUUCAAUAUAUUCAUGGAAGAAGUCAAUGAAUCUUGACCUGUUUCCUUUUGAUAUAUAAAAUAGUGUGAGUUGGUUCUCAUGGUUUCUUCAGAUGGAAGUGUUGAUCACAAGGCUUCUUCUGAUGAAGCACAGCAGAGAGCGAGUCCUCAUGGCGAUGUCACAUUGUCAGAACAAGGGAUUUGUGAUACUGAAAUUCAUUUGUCCAAGCCAGAGGGAGCAAGAAGUACUCUUUCUAUUGUGGCUGAAAAUGCAGGGAAGGAUUCUGAUUCCACUGCUUGUGCCUUGCAAUCAGGUCAAGAAGGAAGCCCUUCACCACUUGAGAAACAUUUGCAUAGCCCUGAUACUUCUUUGCAUGAAUCGCAAUCUGGUCAGCACAGUCCUGCUAUAGUGCGUGAAAAGGUAACAAAAGAUGGCUAUAACUGGCGAAAAUAUGGCCAGAAACAUGUUAAGGGGAAUGAGUUUAUAAGGAGCUAUUACAAGUGUACACAUCCCAGCUGCCAGGCUAAAAAGCAGUUGCAGCAGUUAAACAAUGGGCAGAUUACAGAUUCUAUUUGCAUCGGUCAGCACAAUCAUCCUAGGCCGCAAUUGGACACCGCACAACCAGUUCAUUCUGUUCUGCCUGUUGCUGAACAAGGACCACAAAAGCCUUCUUUAACCAAUGUGGAAGACAAAUCAUCAGUUGAGCAUGGAUGUCAGCCUCUAGAGGUCAAGCCUUUACACUCCCUUCCAGCUUCAAAAGUUUCCCCAGCUGAUGAUUUGAAAGCUACACAUUUACAAUUGAAAGUAAAGGAUGAGGCUCAUAGCAAUGAGGAUUCUGCGUCAAAGAGGCUAAAGAAAGAGAACGGCAAUGCUGCCGCCGCUGGAGUUGACCUACCAACUCGUGGACCUCGUGUUGUUCAUACUUCCAGUGAGGUUGAUUUUGUAGAUGAUGGGUAUCGUUGGCGCAAAUAUGGGCAGAAACUAGUUAGAGGGAAUACAAAUCCAAGAAGUUAUUAUCGAUGCUCGAAUCCUGGAUGCUUUGCCAAAAAGCAUGUGGAAAGGGCCUCUCAUGAUUCAAAAAUUGUAAUAACUACCUAUGAAGGACAUCAUUGUCAUGAAAUCCCCUCUGCAAGGAGUGUUACUACUCAUAAUUCAGCUAUAGAUACUCACGCAAUGGCCACCAAUGGCAAGUCAGGAACCAAAUAUGAGGGUAGUAUUGUUCGUGUUGAUUCAGGCUCUAAAAGCAGAUUAGAUGAGCAACAAAAUGAGGAGCCAAUUACGUCAAAAUCAAAGGUUGGUGAUACGGUUGAGUUUUGUGCAGUCAGCCUGAGUAAUGAGGGUCAUGAAACUAAAUUAAAAGAGCAAGAACAACAAAAUGAUGACUCAGGUGCCAAAGAUGAUUCUGUCAGCAGUGACAUCAUUUGUCAUUCAAGUUCUGAAGGUCCUUGUAGAACAAAUGAACAACUGAAAGAUGAGGUAAAAACUACAUCAGAAGGAAGUAAGGAUUGUCUCAAUGUGGUUGCUGUUGAUGUUCAUAAUCAGCAACCAAAAUCUGACCCAGAACCUGUUCAAAGCUAAAUUGCAAUGUUUUAUGUAUCUAUCUAUAUAUAAUAUAUUAAUUCAGAAGCGUACAUUCUACCAUUGGGACAUCAGAUAUUAAAUUAGUUUUGUAAAGAAAGAAUUGCUCUUAUUAAUGUGUGUAGAAUUAUUUAA